UUUUAAAAAUAUGUCAAAAAUAAUUAAAAGUGCAUUUUAAAAAGAGUUUAAAAUUUAAAAAUCAUUUAAGCAAAUAAAAUACAAUUUUUUCGAAACAAUUAAAAAAUAUGAAUAAAAGUUCAAUAAUUUUAUUAAUCCUUUUAAUAACAACUUUAUUAUGUAAUGGAUACGAAUACCCAAAGCCUAAGUUGAUAUUUAAUUCGGAAGAUUUAUCUCCGACUUUGACCAAUCGUAAGAUUGUUCGUGGAGUAUUUUUCUACACUUACGAUGACAAUUACGAUGGCAGAGAAGUUGAAAUGCAUGAAUUGAACCCAGAGACAUUCAACAAACUUAUUUCAUCAAAGGAUUACAUAAAAGCACCAACAGCACUCAAAAGCACAUUUGAUCUUAUUGCCUUUUUUGAUGGUCGAUGUGAAACUUCUAUAAAUUGUGAACGAAUUCAACAAGAUUGUCGAUCAACUCCUUUACCUCGUACAACAAUUUCAAAAACGACUGCAAGUACAUCAUCUAGCACCACAACAACUAAAUCUACAACAACCAAACAUUUAACAACAAAAACUUCACAACAAACUACGACAACACCUUGGCCAUCAAAUUAUGAGCUGCAAAAAGAAGUUUCAAACAUAUUCUUAGAUUUUGCACCACAACUUACAGAACCACAUCUUAUUGAAAUCAUGACUGCACUUAAGAAUAUGAAUACUUAUACACAAUACUGGACAGCAUCUCAAGUAGAUGAAAUUUCAUCACGAAAUUCUUUAAUCGUACAAAGUGAAAUGCUGAAGCAAAACACAUCCGGCACUGCAUCAGUCAUGAGAUUUUCAGAUGAAAUUAAGCAGCAUAUGAUCAAUUAUACGAAGGAGAUUAAUCCAAAUAUGAGUUUGGAAGAGAUUUUAGGGAUGAUUAGUAUUGUUGAAGAAAUUGGAACUGCAACAAUGAGGUAUUUAACUUUCGAUCAGUAUAAAGGAUUGAGAGGUCCAGUUGUAUCUGCAUUUGCAAAUAAUACAGUGAUUAAUGGAUUUGUGUCAACAACAAAAGCACCCACAACAACAACUUCAUCAACAACAACAACAACGAAGAAAUUAACUAUUCCUACAAGCUCAACAGUUAAAAAAUUAACAACCAAGAGUCCAACAACUUUAACAGUCGCAACAACUACACAAAAACCAGCAUCAACAACCAAGACAUACAUUCCUCCACCUGGAAGUUCCAGGAAGCCAUAUACUCAUUGGGCUGGAACUUAUCGACAGUAUUCAGGAUAUUAUUCAUUUGGAUACACAUGGAAGCCAUUCACUGGAGGAUAUUCAUGGAGAUCAAGGAGGUAUACAUCAGGCACAACGACAACAACUCAAAGAUAUGGACAGAAAGGACUUGACAAUACAUUUAAUCCUUUAAGAAACAAGUAAAUGAGCCUGUAAAAUAGCAAUAAAUAUUGAAUAAAAUGAUUUUAAUAGCAUGUUGCUGCAUCUAAACUUUAAUAUUAAAUUUUGGAUUUAAUUUUCCAAAUCAUUUUGAUUUACUAGCUUCACUAAGAUCACAAAGUCUAAUUCUUUGUUUUUCGAGCAAUGUCCUGGUUUUUAUUAAGAAUCGAUGGUCACUCUACAUACUGCAAUAUAGUCCAUUUAUAGAAAACCAG